AUUGGAGCCAUAUGAGGGCAUGGUACGUGAAAUAUGGAGUAGAGAAGAGGAGGAUUAAAAUAUAUUAUAGGGAUAUUAAUUUUGAUCUCUUAUAGUCAUAGCCUUGGAUUAUAUUCAUGAAUUAUGUGAUUUUGUAACAUAUGGAGAUAAAGAAUAAUAGGAUUAAAGUCUUUGAGAUAUUAAUUUUUGAUCUUUAAUUGUCAUCACCGUGGACUGUGUUGGUGAAUAUUGUUUGAUACAAUUGUACUUCUACUUCAGACCUUGAAAGUGGAAUCGUUUUAUCGUAGAACUGAUAAGGAACUUACUUAAAAGAAAAAAGGAAGCAGUAGAUAUAGGCUCAAUGUUUAAACUCCAUAAAUAGUUUAAUUGGUUAUCCUAUCAAGAAUACUGGGAGUCACGUGUGCUCUGGUCAUUUGAUCACCGAUCAAAUCAAAGAAUAUGAUCUGAAAGAGAUAAAUUAGUGCUAUUUUGUCCAAUGAUUGUCUAUCAUUUGCAACACACCCCCUGUUCUAAAGUCCACUUGGUAUAAUAAUGGCCUGAUGUAUUCUUCUCUUGCGAACCUCUAUGUCAAGUAGCAAAAGGGGCCAAGGUUAGCAAUUGGUUAAUACAAAUUGUAUCUUAAUGGCGACAAUAGAGCUACUGGAAGAGAAUCAGGAGUCGAAUACAAGAACAAUGGGAAGUCAGCGGCGAGUGGAUGAUGAAGAAGAUGAGCCUUCACCCCCUCUGCCUCCGGAUGGCGGUUGGGGAUGGGUCAUUGUCUUUGGAUCAUUUAUAUGCAACAUGCUGGUGGAUGGUUUCUGCUUCUGCUAUUCGGUCUUUUUUGUCGAAUUCUUAAAGGAGUUCGGUGAAUCCGUAUCUAAGACGGCAUUUGUUGGUUCCUUGGUGCCUGGGAUGUAUUUGAUGUCAGGACCGUUCGUCAGUGCCCUGGCCAACAAAGUGGGAUGUCGAGCCGUAACGAUUGUUGGCGCCGUCAUUGCAUGUCUUUCAUUCAUCCUAUCCACGUUCUCACCAAGUUUGGAUGUUCUAAUUAUCACGUAUGGCAUAAUGGGAGGUAUCGGAUUUGGUUUAAUUUAUCUUCCCUCGAUCGUAAUCGUGAACUUCUGGUUCGAGGGAAAGCGAGCAUUUGCAACAGGUAUUGCCGUCUGUGGAUCGGGAAUAGGCACAUUUGUGUUUGGAGCAUUCGCACCGCGUCUGAUUGCAGCAUUCGGUUGGAAAGGUGCAACAUGGAUUCUCGCAGGGUUGAUCUUGAAUUGCAUUGUCUGUGGAGCUGUAUUCAGACCGUUGGAAUCCCUCAGCAAGGCACCAAAACGUAAAGAGAGUGAGGACAUCGAAAUCGGGCCCCUCAAGCCCAGAAAGGGUUCAAUCAUGUACAAAAUUAUUGAAGAUAAAAAACGCCAAAGAACCAUUUCAAGUGGAUCAAUGGAUAAUGUAGUUAUUACCAAAGACAAUAAAGUUGUAGACGCUAAAAAAGCGAAACUUUUUCCAGAUAAUAAACUGAUGGACAUUGAAGAAGAAAAACUUAAACCUAAAACAACUGUGCGUUUAGAAAAUAACAAUGCAAUCCAUGAACAUAAUGACAAAUCAGAAACACAGAAGGAAACAACUAUUAUUAAUUCUACUCCUAAUUUACUAAAUAUCCACAAUAAAGCCUUGGAUAGAGUAAGGGCCUUGAAAGGGGCAACCAAGGUCAGUUUCUCAGCUGAGGACUUGAGAAAACGAGUUUUAAAAAAGCCAAUACAGACACCAGAAGAAGAGGAGUACGAAAGAAAGAAGAAGGAAGUAUCGAGGCCAAUGUAUCGGCAGGACAUAUUCUAUACAGGCAGUAUGAGAUCCAUUCCAGAGUUCCAGUCUCAGCCGGAUAUAAGAUCAUAUAUUAAAAGCACAACGAGUGUCAAUGUACAGAAAGAAGAAGGCAGACUUGGUCCAAUCCUGAAUGUAUUGAAAGAUAUGUUUGAUUUCUCCAUCUUGAAGUGUCUGACUUUCGAUGUCAUAUGCUUCAUGAGUGUUGCUGCUAUGCUAGGAUUUUUUACCCCCUUUGUGUACCUAUAUAUGCAAGCUAUACAGUUUGUGGAUCCAAACGAGGCUGCAUUCCUACUUUCAAUAAUAGGUAUAUCCAAUACAGCGGGAAGGGUUGUAGCUGGUUGGCUCUCUGAUCGAACCUGGGCGGAUUGUUUAGUCAUCAACAACUUCGCACUGGUGGUCGCCGGGGCAGUGUGUAUAGCCAUCCCACAUUGUACCCAGUAUUGGAUGUUCGUGUUGGUGUGUGUCAUCUAUGGACUUUGCAUUGCAUGUUUCAUAUCUCUUAGAACCAUAAUAUUAACGGAUCUGUUGGGGCUAGCUAUGUUGACAAAAUCUUUUGGUAUACUGCUGUUAUUCCAAGGAAUAGCCUCAGUCGUCGGAACACCAUUAGCAGGGGUUUUGUACGACGAAGAGAACCAAAGUUAUGCCAUCUCAUUUUACUCAUCUGGCAUUCUGAUAUCAGUCGCAGGAGUAGUAGGCUUCACUGUAAGAACUCUUAAUAAAUGGGAAAAGAAACAUCGGCCACACUUAUUCGAAAGUGGACAGACUCAAUAUGUACCUGUAUCUAGCACUGAGGAUUUACCAUUACCCCCUUUAGGGUCUGAACAAAAUGGACACGCCCAAGCGCCUUGAAGAAUGCUGCAAAAUAUGACUUCUCAAUGUUUUAUUCUCAAUAUCUAAAAAGAAUUAAUGUAAAUUAUCUAAAUUAUUGUGUGUGCAGUUUUGUCAAGGAUGUCGCCAGCACAUUGCCAAAUAUAUAUUAACAUUUUUGAUAGCAGUGUGUUAUGUUUACUUCGAUGGUGAUAAACGCUUAUUAAGGUGUCUCUAUGACCAUAGGCCACGUAAAUUAAAGGUGAUUUCUUAUCAAAUCAGGUGAUUUGAAGGAGCACAAAC